AUGGUAAAAGUUGCAGUUCUGGGCGCAUCUGGUGGUGUCGGGCAGCCAUUGUCGCUGUUGUUGAAGUUGAACACAAUGAUAUCUGAGCUGGCUCUCUAUGAUAUCAAGCUCGCUGAGGGUGUUGCUACUGAUCUUUCGCAUAUCAACACCAAUGCUGAUUGUGUUGGGUACAGUACGGAUGACAUAGGCCAGGCGUUGAAAGGUGCUGCCGUGGUGGUUAUCCCAGCCGGUGUUCCUAGACGUCCAGGGAUCACUAGAGAUGACCUGUUCAAGUUGAAUGCUGGUAUUGUGAAGAACCUUGUCUCCAAUGUUGCCAAGCAUUGUCCAAAUGCCAGGUUACUGAUCAUCUCCAACCCAGUAAACAGUCUGAUCCCUGUUGCCGUGGAGACCCUGAAGAGAUGUGGGGUAUUCCAAGCAGGCAACGUCAUGGGUGUCACUACCCUGGACCUUGUACGUGCGGAGACGUUCCUUGCAGAGUACCUGAACACGCACGAGGCCAAGGAAAUUGGCGGUAUUGCAGGUGAGAGGACUUAUGACAAGAGCAAGAUGUACAAAUAUGUAGGUGUCAUCGGUGGUCAUUCUGGAGAGACCAUUGUCCCCUUGGUUUUCAACCACAUGAUGACCAGGACACUGGAAAAGACCAACAAAUACGACGAGUUCAUCAACAGGGUCCAGUACGGUGGUGACGAAGUUGUGAAGGCCAAGGCCAAAGACGGCAGCGGAUCCGCAACAUUGAGCAUGGCCCUUGCGGGUUCCAAGUUUGUCAAUGAGGUCCUACAGAGCGUCCACCGCCGUGACGAGCACCGCAAGCGUGUGAACCGCACCAGCGACCGCAAGAACGUCACCAUCUCGUCCACAUACGUCUAUCUACCGGGACUGUCCAACGGUAAGGAAGUACAGGAGAAACUGAAGAACUUGGCCGGCAUAAGGGACGCCAGCGUGCGUUGUGAGUACUUUGCACUACCCGUAGUGCUAGAGGACGGCCGUGUGACGCGCGUGGACAAGAGCAUCCUAGACAGCAUCUCGCCAAAGGAGAAAGAGAUGGUCAAGAUCGCCAUCCAAGAGCUAGAGAAGAACGUGAACAAAGGAAAGGACUUCGUGUCCGGGCAAACCAAGUUAUGA